AUGUCAAACGGGUUCUCGUUGACUAAGUUGUUUCCAAAAUGUUUGACUACAGUUUUGUUUGUCUGGACAGGUCUUGUUACAAUACAAGAGGUUCAUUUGAUUUCCACUACUAUUAUUAGCACAUCGAUAAUAAUAACGUUUGUUUUGUCAAUUUACACAUAUUAUAAGGUAAUAAUUGUUGGGCCAGGAAGUCCUCUAGACUUUGGUCAACUCACAGUUCGUAAUAUUAAGGAUGCUGAAGAUGGAAUUGAACUUCCCCCAGAUUUUUUAGCUCAGAGAUCAUUCACUUUGAAGCAUGAUGGUAGAUUUAGAGUUUGCAGAACUUGUAACGUUUGGAAACCAGACAGGUGUCAUCAUUGUUCUGCCUGCGAUAAAUGCAUUUUAAAGAUGGACCACCAUUGCCCUUGGUUUGCUGAAUGUGUAGGAUUCAAGAAUCAAAAAUAUUUUGUUCAAUUCCUGAUCUACACUACAGUGUAUGCAAUCUUGGUUAUGACAUAUACAUCAUUUCAGAUUUAUGAUUGGUUCAAAAAUGAACUAUAUGAAACUGAGAUUAUAAAAAUAAGACUGCUGAUGGUUUGGAUCUUAUCUGUGGCAGUUUUCCUAACAGUAACCUGUUUCACUGGUUUCUCCAUUUACCAAACGAUUAAUAAUAGAACAACGAUAGAAAUGUAUACAUUAAGAAAAUAUAGAGAAGAACUCGAAUUAUAUGGUAAUUAUAGAGAUUCACAAUUGACAAGGAAUAUAUUUGAUCUAGGCUCCACUUGGGAAAACUGGUGCGAAGUAAUGGGAACGUCACUAUGGGAACAACUAAUGCCAGUAAGAACCAGAAAAUCGAUACUAAACAGGAACACAAUAGAUGAAAAGGGUUUAUAUUUCCGUAUUAAUGAUAAAGUUAAUCAAAGUUUAUUGGGAAGUGCUGACCUUCAAAAUAGACUAAUGAGAAGACUAACCCCAAGAUCAUCUGUAGAUACUAACCGCUAA